UUUUUCUUUAUUUUUAUAAUAAGUUUAAUAUAUGAUAUCAUUUCCGUUUCCAUAAAAACAAAAUUUAAUCAAUCUUUUUUGUAAUUUCAGGUCUUAUUAAACUAAAAAAGACGUCUACUAUACCCUAAAUUAAUCAAUUGUAUCCUAGUAGACCAAAAAGACGUCUACUAUACCCUAAAUUUAAUUUAAAAUUUAAGAUUUUUUGUAAAUACCAAUAAAAUAGACUGAAAAGGACGUCUACAGAUAAAUAGACUUUAUUGUAGGUCUACGAAACCCUAAACCCUAAACCACAAAUCUCAAACGCUAAAUGUUUUGCUUGAUAAUCAAAAAGUCUCAAUUGUACAAAAUAUAAACUACUAAACAUUACUAUGCAGAUUUAAGAUAACAAAACAAUAAAAAAAACAAAAUCUAAAAUCCAACCCUAUGAAAUCAACUACUAAAAGACAUAACAUGUAAGAACAUUUUGUUUCUAAACUAUGAACAUUGUCUAACACAUGAUAACCAAAUUAGUAUAUAUUCUUCAAAAUUGUUCAAUUAUAUGAAAUUUUAAUUUAUUUAGUUCAUAUUAUCCAUUAUAUUGAUGAUUAGUUAAAAAUAUCACAAUAAUUAUUUUUAUACAUUUUCAAAAUUAAAUUAUUAGAUCAAAUUAGAGUGUAGACUACAAAAUAAGUCUAUAAGGUAGACAUCGUAGGAAAUCUAUAUAUAUGUAGACUUCUUUUAUUACGUGUAGACUUCCGAAGGAUAGAAACGUAAAAUACAUUUCUGUUUUUUUGUUUGGUCAUAAGGGUUAACUAGUAUUUUCACUACCCUUUUAGGUUUGUUUUGCAUUUGACUGAAAGUGGGGUACACUUUUAGAUUUGACUUGAAUAUUUGGGUUGUUUUUAGCAAAAUUCAUUUAAUUGACUUAUCAAUUAAUAUAUUGGAUGAUAGUAACUUUUUGUGAAACUUUCAGAAAUGAUUCAUUCCAAGUAAUUUUAUUUCAGAACUUGUGCCUACAGGCUCCAGUUGCAGCCUUUUAUCUCAUUUGUUAGUACAUUACUAUUGAAUUGGACUUAAUGGGCCGUUUAGUUAACCAGUUGUGAUUCAGAGGCAACCAUGUUUGAGCUCAUAGUACAUUGCCCCAAGGUAUGCUUUUAAGUUUUAACAUAUUGCUAUGAGCCAUUCUAUUAGUGGCCCUAUAUUUCUUACAAGUUUAGGUGUCUUUCUUCCAAAUCGAAUGCUUCCCAGUAAACAGUUCGUCAUUUUUGAGUGGAUGAAGCGAUAAGUAUUUUGAAUGUUGGACUGUCAACGUAUUUAUAUCAAACGAGAAACUCGAUCGUACAUUACCGUUAAUAAAUUAGAUGAAUAGAUGUUUUUAUGGGAGAAAGAAAACAAAAUGAGUUGAAGAAAACUGUAUGUAGCUUUCAAGCUCAUGGUCCCAACUAGUUGAACACCCAAAGACAAAAGUUUGCUCACCACAAGCACAUCUACAGCAAAAUAGAUUUUUCAAUUUUAACACAUAAGAAACAAUUGAAAUACCAAAAUAUUCGUAUUUUAAUUAUUGGAUAGAAGUUAUAUCAUAUAACAGUGACAAAAAUCUCGUGGGACUAUAUACAAAGAAAGUAUUGUUAAAGUUUACUCGCGCGAUUGCACUUGUUGUCUCUUCAUACCGACGAUAUGGGCCCGUACGUCGCGCAGCAUGACUUUUAUGAUCUUCAUAAAUUUUUGGCUACAACACAUUUGUUCCUAAGAGCAUCAUUAACCUAAAAGGUAUGUAUUUCUAUAUUUUAUUAAUCUUCAUGCCACUGAAACGUAAACGUGAACAUAUAAAUCUACAAAAUCAAUCGGAGGAGACUUAAUCGAUUGAGCACUAAUGAUAUUGUAAUUUAGUUUUUUGUUUCGAGACGAAUACAUAAUGACGCAGUCGAAUUUAAAACUAGCUCAUGAUAAUUGCAAGAUUUUUUUUUCAUUUUCCAGAAGUACAAUUUUAGGAUGUUGCGUUUUAAACUUAUGUUUCAAAUAAACUGAAAAAAGCAUAUGGCCAUCUGAAUAACUUUUGCAUUGCGAUCUGCGAACUAUGGUAUGCUUCUUUUAAUAAUAUGAUAUGCUAUUUACAGCGACAGAGAUGAUGAUUGAUUCAUCAUAAUAAAUGACACUAGAGGCCAGUCCUUUUACGAAAGUUGCACUUCAUUUUUAUAAAUAACUAAUUCCAAGCACACAUGAUAUCACUUCCAUUGUUGUUGUUAUCAGUUCACAUGUGGGUGUGGCCCUUUACAUCCACUGAUUGUCAAUUCUCUAAUACCAAAUUCAAAAUAUAUGUACAUGUAUAAAUUUUCGUCUCCGAUCUCUAUAUAGAUUCAAUACUCAAUUUCCUUCUCAAGCUGUGUUAGUUCAAUUUAUAUUAUUAUCGUAGAGUACUCGAGUUCUCUCUUUAUUGAUAUAAGCUAGCUAGUUUUUAAUACACACAAUGAAACAUAUAUGUGAAAACAGUGAAAUUUCCUAUCCCGUAAAUAUUGUCUUUGGAAUAUAUCUACCGUAUACGGGAAUUGGGGAGGAGAUGUGUCGAACUCCUCCUCACCAACGAGUGUAGGACCGUAAACUGAACUAGUUGACUAUGUGGUCUUACAUAGUUCCAAAAAUGCUAAGUUCAAUAAUUACUGGUUUCCACUUUCUAAAUCAUAACAAUCCAAUAUGUAUAAGCAAGCGUUUAUGACCAAACUCUUCGUGAUAAACCAAAUCAGUUACGUAUAAAAUAACUAAUUUAAAAGCCAUUCUAUGGGCAGCAACGAAACCACCGUUUAAACUAGCAAAUAUUUUGAAAAAGACCUUAAUCUAGCUAGCUACUCGGUAGAGGCAUCCGUGUGUAUAGUAAGGGUUUGAUAUGAGUUCAAAUUAUGUCUUACGAUUCAAAUAUGUCUAGGUAUGUAUGAAUUAGAUUUACACAUGUGACAUGGCAACGAGCAACAUCAAUUAUUGUAGCUAUAGCGAACCCCUUUUAGGUUCCACUUAUACGUAAACGAGACAAGUCUGUCCUUUUUGUAAGAGCAUCUUCCACAACAACAUCAUCUGCGAACUUCAGAAAGGGGGUACUCCAGUAAAAUUAUCUAGACGUUUCCAUUUCUAUCUACUUGGUACAUUUUUCAAAAAUCAUCAGUUGGCUCUAAAAACCAUUCUACCUAUAGAGUUGUACGUGAUAUAUAGAUAUUGACAAAUUAUAAUGUAUGAUUCCAAAUAUUAGGUCAAGUGUUACAUACACAUAUAGUAACUUAACCGUCAAGAAGAUUAAUACUAACCGCUGAAAUUAUUUACAAAAUUCAACCUGCAUGUUUCUAAUUUAGCUAAAUUCAAAACCUUAUAUAUUUUGGAAAAGGUUUUUUUUAGAAAGUUAUGCUGACCAGUGGAUCAAUAAUGUUGUGACAGACCAAACACGGUAAAGAGACAAAUGCGACAUUUAGAUAUUGAAUUUGAACCUAUAAAGUUGUGGUUCUGAUCUAUUCUGGCCACAACUAGCGCUCUCCACUUUCAAAACAGGCAACCCAAUUAGCUUUACUAAAUAAGUGAGAAAAAAUAAUUCUGGUAAAAUGUUAAAUUAUUAUAUCAACAUUUUCAGAUUUUUACAGAACCAAAAACUUGAAAUGAAAGAAGAUCAAAUCCUAAAAUUGAACCAGAGACAAACAGUAGUGAAAGUCCUUAGACGAGGAAUGAGUGGAAUGGCUGAUACAGUUUCCACGAGCUACCGGAAAAAGGCACUUUCAAACGUUGAAACAAUAGCUCUUACAGCUUUCAGAACCGACCCACACAACAACACCUACGCAAAGAAACACAACUCGAACUCACAAGGUCAUUCAAUAUCCCCUCACCGGUAGCACAAUGCAGAGUCCAUAACCAGCAAUUCUGUCGUUCGAGGAGGAAAGCCAAAUAUUACUGACUCAAGCGCUCCAACCCAGAACAGUAUACAUUCUUAUAACCCGAGAUCCAUAUAGAGUAAAGGGUCUGGUUAGGCAUAUUUGUAUGCAUUCCUUUGACUCGAUUGACUUUAUUUAACUUUUAAGUUUUUCGUUCUAAUUCUUGUUUAAGGUUGGGUUGGGUUUAAAAUUUUUAGUAGGGAUAUUUUCUUUAUCUCUAAAUAUAAAGUUGUUAACAAUUCAUCUAUGCGACAUGAUUAUUUAAAUAUAACUACUAACCGAAAUUUAUGUGAAAAACCAAUUUUAACAUGUACAAAAAAUCCUAGAACUAUAUAAAAUGGUUAAUUAUUUUUAUGUUUUUUAUAAAAGUAGAACACCAGAACCUGUUGCGUGUUGCACAGACCCAUAUCUAGUAUAUAUGUAUAAAGAAACAUAUUUUUAUAUUAAAGUAAUGUAUAUAUUUUUGGUAUAUAUAAAGAAACAUAUUUUUUCUAUUAAGUAAAUGGUAGAUAUGUAGACAAUAUUGACUAUGCUUAGCUUAUGAUUCCAAAAUUGGGCAUAUAUAUCAAACAUAUAUUUAGCAUUGGGAGAGCAAAGAGGCUUAUCAAACAUGUCUCGCUCUCUAUAAUAAUACCAUAUAGCAUCUCUCUCUCUCUCAAACUAUAUUAUCGGCUUCAUUUAAGUUGGAUCUGAAAGAAGUGAAGAUUGAUCGAUGUUAGCUCUCUCUCCGGAAAGGAACUCCACAAGAGAUGAUGGAGAGUCAGAGUUCCUUGCAACGUCGUGUGGAUUCAGCAUCAACCCCGAGGAGGACUUCCCGGAGUUCGCUAUCCACGGAGAUCUUCUCGACAUCAUCGACUUCGAUGAUCUGUUCGGCGUCGCCGGAGAUGUGCUUCCUGACUUGGAGAUGGACCCUGAGAUCCUAGGCGGAGAUUUAUCCGUUCACGUGAACGCUUCGUCGACGAUUACUACUACAACGUCGUCGUCGGAGAAGACUGAGAGUCAAGGGAAGGCUAAUAACAAAAAGGGUAUUUCGGGAAAAGGUGAAGAAGUCGUCAGCAAAAGAGAUCAUAACGAGACUCCUUUGGCGGAGACGGUGGUGAACUAUGACGGUGACAGUGGCCGUAAAAGGAAACACUCCUCAACUGGCUCUACCAAGAGCAAUCCAAUCAGUAACAACGAAGGGAAGCGAAAGGUGAAGGUGGAUUGGACACCAGAGCUACACAGGAGAUUUGUGGAGGCAGUGGAAAAGUUGGGACUGGAGAAAGCUGUUCCUUCUCGUAUUCUGGAGCUUAUGGGUGUCCACUGCCUCACUCGUCACAACGUCGCUAGCCACCUCCAAAAGUAUAGGUCUCAUCGGAAACAUUUGGUAGCUCGUGAGGCCGAAGCGGCUAAUUGGACACGCAAACGCCAUAUCUACGGGUUAGACAGCACCGGAGCUAAUGCUAAUGGUCGGAAUAGAAACGGAUGGCUCGCACCGGCACCCACUCUCGGGUAUCCGCCUCCGCCGCCCGCAGCUGUGGCGUCGCCAUCUGUCCACCAUCAUCAUUUUAGACCGUUGCAUGUGUGGGGACAUCCCACGGUUGACCAGUCUGUCAUGCCGCACGUGUGGCCCAAACACUUGUCUCCUCCGUCCACUGCCAUGGCUACUCCACCGUUUUGGGUCUCGGAUACUCCCUACUGGCCUAGAAGUCAUAACGGGACGACUCCGUAUUUGCCGACCGUAGCUACGAGGUUUACGACACCGCCUGUUGCUGGAAUCCCACAGGCUCUGCCGUCACAUCACAUGGUAUACAACUACAAACCAGAUCAUGGUUUUGGUGGUCCUCGUUCUCUGGUGGACUUACAUCCGUCAAAAGAGAGCGUAGAUGCAGCCAUAGGAGAUGUACUGACGAGGCCAUGGCUGCCACUUCCGUUGGGGUUGAAGCCACCAGCUGUUGACGGCGUUAUAACGGAGCUUCACCGUCACGGUAUCUCCGAUGUUCCUCCAGCCGCGUCUUGUGCCUGAACCAGCCAAGCACCGGAGGCAAGCUGAACCAAAAAAAUUCGACGACAUGUCUUUCGAUUUUGUAUCUUUUUUUUUUCAAGGGUUGUUUUUGUUAUAGCCCUUGUUGAGUGUAGAGAUCUGUGUCUUUCUUGACCGUCCCAUAUAACUAAUAAGGAGAUAUUUUGACAUA